UUUUUCAUUAUCUUACCGAUCCAUUGAACAAUGGAUAGUAAACUUAUAUGUUGAUAACGUCGACGGCUGUCACUUAAAUAAAUUACCAGACUGAAUUUAUGUCUAGAUUUCGAGAAACUGAUGAAAAAAAUUGAUCCCUUAUCUGCUUGCCAUUGAAAAAUCGUUCGUUGGAUCGUGUUUAAUUCGUUUUAUACACUGUACAGAAAGGUAGGCUAUAUGGAAUACUAUACAAAAGCGUAUCUGAUAAAAAAAAUGUCCAUUCUGUCGGUGGCACUGCAAAUUUGUGGAUCGCUAGCUUAUCUUCUUCCUGAGACAGAAAAUGUAAUAGGACUUCGUGAAGUGGUCUCACACAGUGACAUAUUCUCUCGACAAUUUUACUCGACACAUGGAGUGGACGUCAAAGAAAAUUUUGUAUCGUCACCGAUCGGUGCAUCGGUGGCUCUGUCCAUGCUGACAUAUGGAGUUGAUGAAAAUCUGCGGAAACGGUUGGAAAGAAAUUUGCUUUUCUGUAGGAAUCGCAAUGUUCAGAAUCAUGGCAUGAGGGCUCUCGUAAAUAUACUCAACUUCCCGGGAGAUUCGCAAAUGGGCAGGCUAAUUUUCGUGGAUCGAAGGGCGUUGAUAAUGCCCAGAUUCCGUUUAGCUAUGCUCAGAAUUUUCCAAACUGGGAUUCAAACAGUUGAUUAUAGGAAUCCACGGAAUGCCAUCAAAACUAUUAAUACCUGGUGGCAUAGAAAAUCAAAGAGCGAUUCGUAUAACAUCAUCAGCCCUGGUGAUGUGAGUAACAGAACGAUUUUGGUGAUUGCCAAUGUCGUUGAGUUCAACAGUCACUGGGCAACGACAUUUCAUAAAGAGGCAAAACAUUUACAUCAUCUCUAUGAUGAAAAUGGGCGAGUCCGUCAUCAUCGAACGAUGUAUACCUUACAGGCAAUGGAACAUCGAGCUUUCAGAAGUGUUGGAAUUUUGUUUAUCCAGAUACCUUACCAGGAGGCAGAUCUGAGCUUAGUAUUGAUCAUGUCCAGGAAUGCAUCCGAAACGACCAUUCUUGACCACCAUUUUAAUCUCGGCCUUCUCUUCAAUAUGUCAAGGAAUGCAAAUGUUGAUUUCAAUUUACCUAAAUUGAGAAUUGAAUCGACAAUUGAUCUGACCGAUUUUUUAGUGAGAUCGGGAAUUGGUGACGGAUUUAGAAGUUUUACUCGAAUAACUCCUCGUCCCUUGAAAUUUUCCAGCAUAAAGCAAAAAACGUACAUCGAAAUAGACGAGACAACAACCAGGGCAAUCUCUACCACGAUUAUUACGAAUAAUGAAUCGAAAAGUAAAAAGCCCGCAGCUCCAGAAGCGCCCGUUCAUUUCAAAGCUGAAGUGCCGUUCUAUUUUGCCAUUGUCAAACAUUUGAAUCCACAAGAUUAUGUUGUCCUGUUCAAUGGACAUUACAAGAAUGUUAAUUAAAUAAACU